AUGCCCCGCGCUGCCUCCCGCAACCGCGGCGGCACGAGCACUGCUGUUGCAAUGGCCGCUGAAGGAGACGCUGCCCCCGUCCUGCGUGCGAACCGAGCCUAUGGUACUUUCGAUGCAGGGGAGCUACAACCACCACCAAGACCUUCACGGAGACCGUCCUCGAGCUUCCUGAUCCACGGAGGCACCCCGUGUGUCGAUUCCGACAACUUCCAUGCCCUGCUCGGUGGUUUCCUCGCAGAGCUGAACUGCAGACUCGACCGCAUAGACUCGUACGGCCAGCUCAAGCUCGACACGGGCGUCGAAUACGCAUACUCGACCCUCCUCGCCGUGCGCGAAUCAUGCUCCAAGAUCUCCGACGGUGCCAUCGAAGUGGGGAGGAGGCAGGCGGCCGUCUUCGUUGAGACGCUCGAGGGCCGGUACCAACAUGCGCUCGAAUCGAAAGAAACGUUAGCGGAGAAGGUGGUCGCUGGAAUUCUAUUAAUCGAAGACUGGGUGACGGACCUCGAAGGCCGCGCAUACUCCUUCCGCGACGCCGGCAUCGACACCGUGAACCAGGAGCUCGGCUGGGCCCGUGGCAUCGUCGAUGCUGGUCUCCACAAAGCGCACCGCGCGCGCCAAUCCAUCGAGCUCAAGAUCGACUACGCAGUCGAUCGUGCCCUCGCCCGCGCAAAAGAACACGGGCUCAUCCGCUACGAAGACCUCCCCGAGCCAUGGCAGGCAAACGAGCAUAUCCUGACGGGCUACCGCUUCUACGACGGCCACUGGGCCUGCAUCCGCUCCAUCUGCGGCAUCCACAACGAAUCCACAAACAUCUGGACGCACCUCGUAGGCUUCAUGGUGAUGCUCGGCCUCGCCUUCAUCUUCUACCCCCAGCACAUCAACUUCCACGCCAGCACCACCACUGACAUCGUCAUCGCCGCAAUCUUCUUCUUCGCCGCCUGCAAGUGCCUGCUGUGCUCCUGCAUCAUGCACACCAUGAACGGCAUCAGCCACCAGACCCUCCUCGAGCGCUACGCCUGCAUCGACUACACGGGAAUCUCCCUGCUGGUAGGCGCCUCCAUCAUGACCUUCGAGUACACGGCCUUCUACUGCGAACCCCGCAGCCGCUGGGCGUACAUGACGCUCACCGCGCUGCUCUCCCUAGGCGGCGUCUACCUCCCCUGGAACCCCACCUUCAACCGCAACGACCUCGCCUGGCUGCGCGUCUCCUUCUACGUCCUCCUCGCACUGACGUCCCUCCUGCCCUUCUUCCAGCUCAUCUCCCUCCACGGCUUCGAAUACACUGCCUCCUUCUACAUGCCCGCCGUGCCCUCCAUGCUCAUCUACUUCUUCGGCGCCAUCAUCUACGCCGCGAGGGUGCCCGAGCGCUGGCUACCGGGCCGCUUCGACUACCUCGGCGCGAGCCACAACAUCUGGCACGUUGCGGUGCUGUGCGGCAUCGUGGCGCACUAUUUCGCCAUGCAGGAGAUGUUCAGCCAGGCGCAUUACAGGAGCCAGGCGCAGUGUCCUGGGCUGCCGGAUUUCUCGUGA